UUCCCAGGAAUCAUCCCGUUUUACAUCUCACCUGUGAUCCCUCACCCACUCCCUGUGUGUCUGCUGAGCGCCUGAGGACAACUCACACAUCCAGGUACGAUGGCUGCUGCUAAGAGUCUGCUCAGCCUGAUGGUGGUGCUGCUGGCUGCAGCCACGCUGGCUCGCACAGAGGACAGGAUUAAGAUGUGUGGGCGAGAGCUGAUCCGUCUGGCCGUCUCCACCUGUGGUAACUCUCGACUGAGGAGAAGCAUCCCAGACCCAGGACUGGGUCAACAUCAACACACCCCUGGGUGGGGUCAGAAUGGCUCAGCUGAGGUGGACCUGGACUCAGAUACAAACCAUGUUCCUCCACAGACCGGUGGACACAACGUCUCCUCCUUGGCUCCUCACUGGCACCUCCUUAGUUCUCGGAUCAGAAGAUCUGCAGGAAAAAUAUCUGAUAUUUGCUGUGAGAAGGGAUGCAGCAUGAAAGAGCUGAUCCAGUUCUGCUAAGUAAGGCUGUAACCCUUCUCACACGAGUAGAAACCAGACCCUAGACAUAAGAUCUUUUUCUUUUUAUUCGACAAAAUGAUUAAACAGUCAUAAUUAUUGUUUAGUGGAACACGUGAAGGCAAAAAUUGUUGCUUUUACUGAAUUAUUUAUUGAUUAAAGUCCGCUGAAAUAAAGUGUUGAUUCUGUUUCUGUUGACAGAAAAC